CUGAGGCGUCUGAGAGGGAAGGAAGGGGACGAAGGGAGGACAGCAGCAGAAAAAGAACAAAUAAUCAAAGGCCACCACUGACCUGAAGAGAAGCUGAAGGGAAAAGAGUCUUCCCACAUCUACGGGCAGCCAUGGUCUUCCUCCUCGCAUCCCUGACUCUGCUACAUCUGGUCACCUUGGCCAUGCUCCUCAUCGCCACCGUGGAGAAGUCCUGGUGGAUUUGGGAUGACUCGGAAAUCUCAGACCUCUGGUAUAACUGCUUCCAUGACAACUCCACAGACACCUGGCUGUGUGCUGCUACAAACGAAAGCGACUGGCUGCAGUCGGUCCAGGCCCUCAUGGUUCUCUCUGUGGUCUUUUCCUGUAUCUCCUUCCUGGUUUUUCUGGGCCAGCUCAUCACCAUGUCUGUAGGAGGACUCUUCUACUUCACAGGCUUCUGUCAGAGCUUCGCAGGUCUCACAGACUUUGCCGCCUGCCUCAUCUUCACCUUCCACAGAAAGGAGAUCCUAAAUGACACCAGAGACCAGAGCAAAGGACACUUUGGCUACUGCUUCAUCCUGGCGUGGCUGAGCGUCCCUCUGCUCCUAGUCAGUGGGGUCCUGUACAUCCACCUGCGCAAGAAGCAGUGAGAAGGGAAGAAAGCUCUUAAUAGGAGUCCCCUCCCACUUCAGUCACCACCCAGUUGAGAGUAAAGCAAGGAAAAAAGACGACUGAGAAUGAAAUACCUCUUUAAGGUGGUGUUUUCUUUCUGACUCAAGAUCCACCCAAACGUGCUGCACGGAAUGCGGGACAUUAUGUCAUCAUGAGGGCAGCUCGUUGUCCUUCAAGAACAACUCAAAGAAAUUUACUAGAACUCAGUUGUGUUGUAAGACACAAAGCUCAUUAAGGAUUCUGACAGAGAUAUAUUAUGAACCUAGAGUGACUCUCUCCUUACAAAGCCACAUUUAAAUUCACUAGAUCCUCAUUUGUAUGUUAUUUUACGCACUCACACAAGCAUCAGUGUGCCAAACAUGUCAGAUAUUUUUUUCACCCAGAUCUCUUAAUUAUUCUCUGACAAAUCAACAAAAAUUUGGAAUAUUUAAGAAACUGAAUAGAAAAUCCAGGAUAUGUACAAAAAAUUAUCAGGUUCUUCCUUAAUACAUAUCCCAUUCCUCCACAAAAUUUCAUGAAAAUCGGUUUAGUAGUGUUUUUGCACAAUCCUUCUAACUCAAACAAACAGAUGAAAACACAACCUCCAGGUCGGUGAUCAUAAAUGAAUAAUUUUUGUGAAAAUAUUGUGCCUGAAUUACUUUUGUACAUA